AUGUUUCUUGAUAUAGAAGCCCAUGCAAAGACCGUUCAUAAGAUACGGACCCUGAAACAGAAACACAACGUUGUGAUGCUCGGUCACAACUAUAUGGAGCCACUGGUUUUUGGACUUUCUGAAAAAGAGGAACAGGGGGAUUCGCUCGGGCUGAGCAUGUACGCCUCAAAAACAGAAGCACCCUAUCUAAUCUUUAACGGCGUGCCGUUCAUGGCAGAAACAGCGAAAAUCUUAAAUCCGAGCAAAACGGUGCUGGUCGCAGAUAAAACAGCAGGAUGCUCGCUCGCUGAUAACUACGGUGCCGAAGAUGUCAAGGAGUUGAAAGCCCUUUACCCCGGUGUACCGGUGAUGAUUUACGUUAAUAGCUACGCCGACGCAAAAGCAGAAUCGGAUAUCUGCUGCACGUCGGCAAAUGCCGCACACAUCGCGAAAAUGAUGCCAGGGGAUACAAUAAUCUUUGUGCCCGAUAUCCUCUUUGCACAGAAUUUGGAGGAAGAAUUGAACAAAGACAACACAGCACGUGGUGCAAUCUGUGAAGUUCAUGAAAAAUUCACACUUGAUGACCUCCUCGGAAUCCGUGAAUCUUUUGAAAUUCCGAAAGGGCAUCCCUGCCGCAAACUGUACGCGCACUGGGAAUGUCGUCCCAAUGUCUUAAAAGAGGCAGAUUUUUACGGCAGUACCAGUCAGAUUAUGAAGGAUAUAGCGGAACGUGUUGCAGCGAACCAACUUGAGCGCGCAUUUGUUGCUUCGGAGUGUGAAUUAACCUCAAAUCUGGCACAGGAGUUUCCAGAAGUUCAGUUCUGGACAGCCUGCUCGGUCCGAUGCUCACACAUGGCACAGGUGAGCUUGGGUAAAAUAGCAAAGAUUCUGGAAGCGAUCGACCAGAAUGCGGACCUCGGUGAAUACGAAAUUACACUGAGUCCUGAAGUUAUUGAUAAGGCGCGUACGCCGAUUGAGCGAAUGCUUGAAGCAAGUGUGUAG